CUUCCGUAAACACAAAGCUCCUUUCCUUUGUGGAGAACCAUCGCACACAUGUGAUUUUCUCGCACAUUUAGUUAAAACUAGUCCACAAAAACUAGUCGAUAAAACUCCUACCUUAAAAUCAACGGUAAUCAUUUGACCGUGAAUGACCACACCUGAUAUAAUGUAAAGCAACACCGUCUUAGACUCUUUAACUAGAUCCCUGCGUAACAACAACUGCGUUGUGAAACGUUUUUUUUAACUUAAGUUCUAAUGAACAUUUCGAAUUAUGGAGGUAGAUGGUCGGGACUUUUUGAAUACGCCUCCUGUUAAGACUGUCAGGUUUGGAGGUAACGUUGCGGAAAUUCUAGCUAAACACAAACAGGGAGACUCGGGUGACUAUGAACUUCUUAAACACCAGCUGGCUGAUCCCGAGAUAAAGGAUGCUCAGAUCAUCAACUGGCUUCAAGAAUUUCGGAGUUGUGUGACCCAGCUUACUAAAGAGCACGAGCAGCUCAUCUAUACUAUUUUGAGGCUUCCUUGGAUAGGCCGUAGCCAGGCUGUAGUGGAGGAGUACAUGACCUUCCUCAGUAACCUGGUUUCCGCACAGACUGUCUACCUAUGUACCUGUCUUAAGAUGGUUGUCUCCUACUUCACACCAAAGAGAGUGAUGAUCUGCGAAGGAGGGGUCAAUAUCUCUGAUUCAGAUGAUGAAGAUGAAAACCUCCCCAGAAACUUCGAUCAGUGUCACCAGGCAUUGCAGCUUAUCAACCGAUAUGUGCCAUCCACAAGUCGCUUUCUAAUGCCAAUUUUACAAAACAACUUUCCAUUUAUACAGAAGUCCUCCAGAACUCUGGAGUGUUAUGUCCACAACCUCUUGAGGAUUUCCAUUUAUAUGCCAUCAAUACGAUGUGAUGUCCUUGAACUAAUCAUCGGAAAAAUGCUUAAACUGGAUGUCAGUGUAUCUCGGUUGGACAUUGAAGAAGCAGAAGAAAAUGCUGUGCCGCAGAAGGCAGAGGGACUUACUGAAGAGGGACUUUUUGACAUGGAUGAGGAUGUGUCAGCAGACGCCCCCAUGAGGACACAUUUGAUGGCCCACCCAGUGGCUGAAAGGCUGGACAGUCUUAUGGAAGUUCUGUUGGCUUACAUCAAGGACAUCUGCUAUGUGAAUGACUGUCUCUGUGUGGAAACUACUAAGGAGUUAUACAGAGAUUUGUUGAGUGUGUUUGACAAGGUCAUUCUGACUACACAUGCCUCCUGUCAUGUCCAGUACACACUUUUUUACCUGUGCAGCUUCAGACUGGCCUUGGCUGAGGCCUUCCUGGAUCAUCUUUGGAAGAUCCUGCAAAGUCCAUCUCGGCCUGCUGUACUUCGCCAGGCUGCUGCUGGAUAUAUGGGAAGUCUGCUGGCCCGAGCCAAGUUUGUCCCUGUGCUCACUGUGCGAGCGUGUCUGGACCUGCUGGUCUCCUGGAUCCAUGGUUACAUUGAAAGCCAGGACAGCAGUGGGAAACAGGCCUGCUGUGACAUUGGUUUGCAUGGGCCCUUCUAUACGGCCUGUCAGGCCGUCUUCUACACUCUCAUCUUUAGACAUAAAGCAAUGCUGGAGGGGAACAUGAAAAAAGGUCUGGAGUACCUACAGAGUCUAAACCUUGAGCGAAUAGUGAUGUGUCAGCUGAACCCUCUCAAAGUCUGCCUGCCCACAGUCACCAGCAUGUUUGCAGCCAUUACAAGGAAGUAUCAGGUGGUGUUCUGUUACACCAUAAUAGAGAGGAACAACCGCCAUGCGCUUCCAGUGGUCCGCAGCUCUGCAGGAGGGGACGGUGUCACUACUAAUACCAACCCUUUAGACAGCUUCUUCCCCUUUGACCCCUACUUACUCCAGAGGUCUGGUCAGAGGAUUGAGCCAUUGUACCAGGGCUGGGAGGAACUAGCGGACACAGAACUGCCUCCAACCAAAACAGGCCAUCAGGGCCAAAGGGAGGAUGAGGAUGACUUUCUGUGUGGUGAGACCCCCAAGACAGAAUGCAUCGUGGGAAUGACCCCAAGCUCCUAUGACUCGAACCUUUGCAGCCCAAAUAACAUGGGCUCACCCCCAAUCGACUUUAAGUGACCCUGUUCUUCAUCGUGCUUUUUUCUGUUUUUAUAAUAACCCUGGUUAUAAGUUUCCUAACUCUCAGUCAAGGAGCUUUUCAGUAACAUAAUAGCCCUUUGGUAAAGUCAAGGUCACAUAUAGCUCUCAGAGGGAGCAAAACUAAGAAUCUCUGAUGUGACUGUUCCCUACAAUUUAGAAUAUAUAAUGUUGAAUCAAAACAAACAACAGAAGUGUUUGACAGCCAGUUAAUUGAGAAGGGAUAGGACAGAUCUCUUUCCAUGUCAGAAUACUUGAUAUAGUUGUUAAUUAAUAAAAAUGUAGCUCGAACUGUCUCUUGUUAGAGAGCCCCAAACUCCUGAUGAUCACUGAUCACAUAAGUGUCAAAAAUUGGAGUUCCUCAAAUUUCCACCUGAGGCUGGCAGCAAAAGCCUGGAAUAUGAAAAGUUCCACACAGGAGCUUUAACCUCUCAGCAAUGUUUGGGUUGUGUUUUUUUGUGAGAACAGAUCACGGAGAAGUCAGUACCAUAGUAUUUCCUCUGCCUGGUUGGUUAACUUUCAGUCUUUUGUUCAAAGUGAUGUUUUUGGCAGCCCCUCCAUGGAAGAUAGGGCUGUUGUUGGUCAUUCUCAACAGAAAAAAGGUUGGAUCAUAGAGAUGAGAAGACCAGAAUUUUUAAGUAAUUUACUUUGUGUUAGCUGCGUCUUCUCACAUUCCCAACUCUCCCACUGCAAGUUUUCUUGCAAGGUCAUUGAUGCCAUGUUCUGCAAGUUCUCAAAGUUUAUGUCUAGUAAGUAAACAUCUCUGGUCAGCUGUCCUUACAAUGACAAAUCCUUAUGUGUCAAACACUGUAGUUAAUUUUCUCAACCAGCUAAUGAAUUAGCCUUUGGCUAAUGUACUGUACUACUGUAUGACCUUUAAUGUUUGGCAUUUGCCAACAUUUUGCUUCUCUCCAGCUCCACUCUUUUAUCCAAAUUGGGCAAUUGGGCUUAAAAAAAGACAGCCUUUUAGUGAAACUCGAGGCUUCAAAGCUGCAUUCCACCAUCCAAUGUGUGACAUUACAAUGGCUACUUCCAUGUCUUACAUGCAUUCUUGCAUUCUGACAAGCUAUCGUGAGUCCUAAAUAAACCUGCCACGGAUUAUGGCAAAGACCAUUGUCUGUUAUGUGUUGGAGGAAAUUUGUUUCCAAGCUUGAAGCUAUGGUAUAUUUUGUAACAGUACUGAUAUUAAUUUAUUGUAGCUUGCAGUUUUAUGGCCUGCAGGUGUGUACUGAGGGUAAUACACCUGCAAUAGCAGACCAUGUGUUUUUUUUUUUUACAUGCAGUUGCAUCUUAUUAUUUGAUCUGAAAUAGGAAUAAAUAUAGCUUUAUAUUUUUUUUACUGGGCCUUUUUACCUUAGUCCUGGGGCCUCUAGAUUUGAUCAUGGGUGGAACUUGUAAUUUAAUUGACACAGAAAAAAUAGGUUUGCCCCAGUGCUUGUCCAUAGUGGCUAUCCACCAACAAGCGGUUUUCACAGGAAUUCAUACUCAGUGUACCAAUAUACUGCUUAUUUUUUUUAAUCACAGCUAAAAUGUAAUUUGAAGCUGCAAGUUAUAAGUUUUAUUCUCUGAAAUGUCUGAGUUGUGGUACCAGUUGCUCUGUUUACGGUUCUACAAAUGGCCAAAAUUAAAUAACAGCUGUGAUGUUUUAACAUGCUGUUCACUGUCUGAUUGCAUCAGAGAUGGGAUGUGAUUCUUCAUAAAUUAAUACAAAAUUUCAGAUUUAAUGACCUUAAGAGAUGACCAUGUGAAUCGUGGAUAUGAAUUAAAACACAUAUUGGCUUGUAUGUGAAGUAAUACAGAUUCGAGAACAGCCACAGAUUAAAGACAGAAAUGUCAAGGCUCUGACUGGGCUAUACAUCUGCUUUAAAGCAUAUUAGGUUGUGUCCCACCUCCUUCAACAACACAAUUAUCUUUUAUUACUAUGCAAAAACUGAUACUUAACUAAUAAACAUGUGUAUCCAAGGUAAUCACUUACUAUUGUCCUGUCAUAACCCAAAAGUCAAAGGCACAGGAAUAAUAACCUUAAAUUGUUUGAGGUGUAACAGAUGACAAUCAUACAUUUUUAUCUUUGAUUGCUUUAAUAUUUAGGAUUAGUGUCUCAUUACUAUGCUACAUUGCUUUGAUGUAAUGCACUGGAAGUCACAACCAAAAUUCACACAAAGUAUCAUGGGAGCUAGGAAAAAUGUGGAUUUGUACAUUGAAAACACAGUUCAUUUCUGAUCAUUAAUAAUGUAUGGGAAUUAGUUUGUAACCUCUUGCAAUGACACUGAUGCCAUAAACCACACUGUGACGGUCAUAGCCUUUGCAGAAAUGUGUUCUCAAACUGGAGAAUGUGGAUUUUUCACUCACCAGAUGUGCUUUGUAAGGGACCUUGGGUGUUUGUAAAAUGAUCAUUGGUGCUUUAUACAUUUAGGUGAUGUAUUGAUUUAACAUUGAAAAAUGUGAUCCUGCACCUUAUCACAUUUUAUUAUUUCAAUUUUCUCUAAUUUAAUUAUUCCCUUUUUUGGUUACCCUCUUCAUAGUUCUCUGAGUUCCCUGAAGGUCUGAUGUCAUUGAGUUUUCUGGAAAGACAUAUUUUCUUCACAUCUUUUAUCCAGACUUGUGUGAUUACUUGUGCUUUAUUGUUUGAUACAAACACUACCAGUUUCUGGCAAAAAUACAUUGUUUCUUCUCUUAAUAAACCUGUGUUUUUUCUUUGAAAAUUUAAA